UCUGCCGAGUUGUUGAUGUUGUAGGAUGAUACCUAAUGGAUUCGAAUCUUUUCUAGGUCUCUUCAUGUAGGUAGUCUGAUACAAGGCUAUAUAAACCGUCUGAUACAAAAGUCUCAUCAUGGCGUCAUUACCUCCUAGAAAAGGUUCAACACCAUCAAAAGGUGCCAGACAAAGCAGCCUGUCUUCUCUGGAAGUCCUUCUGCAACUGGGGUUUUCUCAAAACAGAGCUGAGAAGGCGCUGGCCGCCACCGGCGACCGGGGCGUCCAGCUGGCCUCCGACUGGCUGCUGGCUCACGUCAACGACCCGCACAUCGACGCCGCCGAGCCGCGCGACUUCUACCUCUACCUGUGCCCGACGGGCGCGCUGCUCCAACAGCUGACGCACUUCCGGCGCCGCGCGCUGGCGCAGUGCGGCCGCAACGGCGCGCACGCCCUCCUGCCGCACGUCACCCUGGCCGCGCCGUUCAAGGUGCCGCACCACCUGGUGACGGCCGCGGCGGAGGCGCUCGACCAGGUUGUCGCCUGUCACCUGGCGCAGCUGCCCGACCGCUGGCCACUCGAGCGAUACGUCUCACAAAACUACAUGGGCCUCUUCCUAAACGACGGCCAGGCGGACGUGCUGAAAAAGAUGACGGCCCAGCUGGCGCGGGAGCUCGACAGGCACAACGUCCAGCUGGAGCCUCAGACCAAGUCGCUCCACCUGACGAUGGCCUACCAGUUUCCGGCGGCGCACUUUGCCCAGCUGGAGGAGCUCUCCAAGGCCGUCGACCCAGAGGCCAGCAGCGUGUGGGAGCUGCGGCUGUACUCGCGGGACCCGCGCCUCCACGGCCGAGAGGUACACCGGGUGUUGUACGCGCACGUGCCGCGCGAGUCUGACGAGCUGGAGCUGGUGGUGGGCGACUACGUGUACGUGUCGCGCGACUCUGUGCAGAGCUCGCCGGACGGCUGGGUGGCGGCCACCUCGUGGCUGACGGGUCAGAGCGGACACCUGCCGCUCAACUACAUCCAGCCCACGGCCGAGUCCGACUCCUGGACUCUGCACAGGGCGGUGCCGCUGUCUGUGACGGCGCUGGCUGAGGAGGGGGACCGGCCGGCGCACGCCAGCAGCCAGGAGCGGCUGCGCCAGUCGCUGUCCUCGCUGGGCUCGCAGUCGUCCUUGCAGGAGGGCGCCGCCGCCGCCGACCGGCCGCGCUCCGUCUACGACAACGUGCUGGUCACCGACGACCCGCCGGUGCGACCGGCCGCUCCCGCCGGCGGCGCGCCGGCGGUGCGCCCCGCGCCGGCAGCCGAGCCGGCCGGGCCGCGCCAGCUGUGGGUGGCCAGGCACGGCGAGCGGGUCGACUUCACCUACGGACAGUGGAUCCCGUUCUGCUUCGACGAGACGGGCAAGUACGUGCAGAAGGACCUGAACAUGCCGGUGACGCUGCAGGCGCGCCCGGACGGCCCCAAGGGGUUCGCCAAGGACUCGCCGAUUACACAGGUCGGCCGCGUCCAGGCGCGACUCACCGGCGAGGCGAUGAAGCGCCACAAUGUGAAGAUCCACCACGUCUUCUGUUCGCCGAGCCUGCGCUGCGCCGAGACGGCCUACUUCAUCCUGGCCGGUCUGGGCCUGCAGCAGCAGCUGCCGCUGCGCAUGGAGCCCGGCCUGUUCGAGUGGCUGGUGUGGUACGCCGACGGGCUGCCGUCGUUCCUCAGCCCAGAGGAGCUGCGCAGCUGGGGCUUCAACGUGGACACGGCCUACCGACCGCUGGUCAGCGUGCACGAGCUGCGCGAGCGCUCCGAGAGCUGCGAACAGUACUACGCGCGCAGCCACUUCGUCACGCAGGGCGUGCUGCGCUCCACCGGCAGCGGUAACGUACUCCUGGUGGGCCACGCGGCCACGCUCGACUGCUGCACGCGCCAGCAGACGGGCCACCAGGCGCGCUCAGCGGCCGAGCUGCGCUCCUUCCUGGGUAAAAUCCCCUACUGCAGUAUCGUGGCCAUGGAGGAGCGCAGCGGCGGCCACUGGCACCUCAAGGAGGCCCCGUUCCCGCCGCUGACGCACUCGCACAACCAGCGCUUCGACAUAUCCAUACUCAAGUAGGCGGGCUGGCGGGGCCCCCAGCGCCGGCAGCUGUCCGCCGCCGUGGGUGGUCCGUUGGCACCCCGGGCCUCGCCGGGUGGCCGGCCGCCCUUCUGUCUACAGUGGACCGAGGACAGCUGCCUCUCCUCGGACACUGUGGCUCCGUGCGCCGCCGUCCGGCGCCGUGCGCCGCCGUCUGUAGUGGCCAGCCGACCGGCGCUACGCGCGCCACAUCUCCCCGGCGUGCGCUGACCGCGCGGCUCGUGUGCUCUCGCUGGACGCGUGCUAUGUAUCUGGGGGAGUGGUCGGGUGGUGCCGCUCACAAUCAGCCGCCGCUCCGCUCCGGUCCGGCCGCCGGGACAGAGUUCCCGCUCUCCGGUCCGGCCGCCGGGACAGGGUCCCCGCUCUCCGGUCCGGCCGCCGAGACAGAGUCCCCGCUCUCCGGUCCGGCCGCCGGUGCUCGGCGCCGGGACAGAGUCCCCGCUGCCCGGUCCCGGUGCGUCAGUCGGGCGGAGAAGAAGCCUGAUCGCCUGCCCAGCAAAUGUGGCCCGCGGGCGGGAUCAAUACUUCCCAUGAGUGGAAUUGUGCUUACUAGUCCUUGUGCUAUUUAUUGUUUGAGUCUAAAUUCCAUUUCACGAGCGUUUCGUAUGAGACUAGACGUGGUGCGCAGAAUGGGCGCCGCGACUUUGAUCAUGCUAUGUUCCUAUAGGAUCACUGAACUCCAGGCUCCUCAGACUAACUUACGGUGGAGCCGUUGUCUGUUUUAUUUUCUUUGUGUUGGGGCGGACCGCCCGGCGUUCCCGCCGCUCAGUUCGCCGGCUGCCGGCUGCCGGCGCGGCCGGGGGGACCGUGAACGGCCUCAGUCUGUGGACAGGUGGUGACGCUCCGGUCGCAUAUUGUGACUGUCGGCCGUGGGCGUCUGCGCGUGAUGGCAGCUCCGUCUCCCAGCCUGUGCUCGGCGCUGCGUCAGCGUGCUGCCACCGUGGCGGCCGAGGCCGGCAGCCCGUCGUCGGAGCUCGGUCGGCCGCCGGUCCGGGCUCUCCACCGGCGCCCCGGUGGCGCUGGCUGUUUUGGAGGCCGUCUUGUUGUUCCGCCGUGGCCUGGUGCGCGGCGCCGUCCCUGGCUCGGCCCACUGCCGUCGGGCUGUGCCGGAUGGGACUGAGGUCUGGGCGGUUUUCUACUUGCCGACGGAGUUGUGUGCGUGUGUGUGCGAGUAUUUAUAGGCGAGCGGUGGCCGGCAAUGCGUCCGUUAUUUUUGCCCAGGAUGCGUCCGUGACUGUGAGCGGUGUUUGUCCAUCAUGUUGUUGAUGUUAAUCUGUUAAUGCUGAUGUUAAAUAAUUACUUUUUUACGUA